CGCCAGACGGCUGGAGGGGUCCCGUACGGAGCGGGCAGGCGGCGGAGGCGCUUCCGGGCGGAGGCCGCAGAUAUAAGGGCGGUGGUGCGGCGGCCGGGCCCUCUUUCGCCGCCCCCGGAGCGCGAUGACGAAGAAGAGGAGGAACAACGGCCGGGCCAAGAAGGGCCGCGGGCACGUCCAGCCCAUCCGCUGCACCAACUGCGCUCGCUGCGUCCCCAAGGACAAGGCCAUCAAGAAGUUUGUCAUCAGGAACAUCGUGGAGGCCGCUGCCGUCAGGGACAUCUCCGAGGCCAGCGUCUUCGACUCCUAUGUGCUGCCCAAGCUCUACGUCAAGCUGCACUACUGCGUGAGCUGCGCCAUCCACAGCAAGGUGGUCAGGAACCGCUCCCGGGAGGCUCGCAAGGACCGCACCCCCCCGCCCCGCUUCCGGCCUGCGGGUGCCGCCCCCCGGCCUCCCCCCAAGCCGAUGUGAGGAGCUGCUGACCGAGCCUGGGGUCCC